AUGUUGAAUGCUAAUCAUGUCUUAAAAUCGAUACUCCAUCGAAGUAGAUAUUUAUUGUCAAGUCGUGGAAAUGAAUUUCACACCAGUGUAAAGUGUGAUAAACUUGCUCGUACUAGAGCUGAACUGUGUGAAGCCAACAAAGUUGUCAUCAAGUUAGGCAGUGCAGUUGUCACGAAACCGGAUAAAAGUGGUCUUGCUUUGGGACGUUUAGCGGCUAUUGUAGAACAGAUUGCGGAACUUUGUCAUCAGGGACGACAAUGCCUUCUCGUUACCAGUGGAGCAAUAGCACUUGGUCGACAUCAUCUUGAAAUUGAUGGACAGAAAAGUAGUCGAGGUGCUCGUGCAGCUAUUGGUAUGGCAGAAAUGGUCACUUUAUAUGGCCAUUUGUUUGAACAAUGUGAUCUGAGAACAGCAGCCAUGUUACUUACACCUGUAGACUUUGAUGAUGACCAGCGACGAGCAUAUUGGCGAACAGCACUUCAAGAUUUAUUAAAUCAAGGUGUUGUACCUAUAAUCAAUACAAAUGAUGCUGUAGCCUGGACUAAAGAAAAUGCUGAAGGUAAAGAUCCUGAAGGUUCAACAUUAGCUCCUCAAGUACGUGACAACGAUAGUUUGGCAGCUCGUUUAGCAUGUGAGCUGAAAUCCGACUUAUUGUUAUUGAUUUCUGAUGUUGAUGGAGUAUAUACUGCACCACCUGGUAGUCCUGGAGCUAGAUUUAUUGCAGAAUAUGAAGUACGGGAAAGUUCAGAAUAUGAUACACUCACGCCAACACUUCAUGGGGAACUGGUCAAUUUUGGUACUCCAUCAUCUGUUGGUACUGGUGGGAUGCAAAGUAAGAUUGCAUCAGCUAUUUGGACUACUCGACAAGGGACAUCAGUAGUUAUCAUUAGAGGUAGUCGAUUCAAUUGUAUCACUGAUGUUAUGCAUGGCAUGGAUGUGGGCACAUUUUUCACCUUGCAAAAAGAAAGUGAAAAUGGGAAAGAACAUGGUACAAGAGAAGAAAUUGUUAAAUCUGUUGCUAUGAAAGCUCGAGAAGCCAAUAUGCGACUGAAUUCAUCGACAAGCGAAGAUAGAGCAAAGGCGAUAGAAUACUUAGCUGAUAAACUUCUAGAGAAUGAAGAUGAAAUUAUCGCAGAAAAUGAAAAAGAUAUCAAAGAGGCUGAAGCGGCUGGUUUAUCCUCCGCCUUAAUCGCUCGACUACAACUUGGUCAUUCAAAGAUAAAAACAUUGAGUGAAGGUCUCCGACAAAUUGCCGUUCAAUCACGUCAACGUAAUGGUCAUGUUGGUUGUGUACUGACUCGUACAAAAUUGGCGGAUAAUUUAAUCUUGGAGAAGAUUACUGCACCGAUUGGUGUAUUGAUGGUGAUAUUUGAAUCACGACCGGAUUGUUUACCACAGGUUGCAGCCCUAUCAAUCGCUACAGCAAAUGCCCUACUGGCUAAGCCUGGAUCAGAAGCAAUGCAUACUGUUCGUGUACUUCAUCGACUUGUUGGCGAAGCUUUAGAAAUGGCUAAUCUACCUGCUGAAGCUGUUGGUUUACUUCAAGGCAGAAAAGAUGUUGAUCAUGUCUUAAAGGGGAUAGAUAAACAACCACUGAUUGACUUAGUUAUUCCAAGAGGUAGUUCAAAAAUGAUAGAAAAUAUACGGAAUACAGUAAGUAAAGCAGGUACUGGUGUACCUGUUAUGGGACAUGGAGCCGGUGUUUGUCAUGUUUAUAUUGAUGCAGCAGCUGAUCCAGAGAAAGCAUUAAAGAUAGUUAUUGACUCUAAAUGUGAUUAUCCAUCAGCUUGUAAUGCAAUGGAAACUCUCCUAGUCCACAAAUCUCAUGCUGAAUCCGGACUAUUGGAGAGAUUAUGCAAUCAAUUACGAGAACAUAAGGUCAAACUAUACGCAGGUCCAGGUAUGAUUCGACUUGGUGAAAAUUUAACCGAUGCAAUGGAACCAGCAAAAGAAUUAUCGCAUGAAUAUGGGGAUUUAGAGUGUACUGUUGAAUUGGUUGAAAGUUUAGAUGAAGCUAUUGAACAUAUUGCAUUGUACGGUAGUUCACAUACUGAAUGUAUUGUCACUGAAGAUAAGGCUGUAGCAGAAAUGUUCCUUCAAAAAACUGACAGUGCUUGCAUAUUUCAUAAUGCAAGUACACGAUUUGCUGAUGGAUACAGAUUUGGAUUAGGCGCUGAAGUUGGCAUAAACACUGGACGUAUUCACGCUCGUGGACCAGUUGGUGUUGAAGGUUUACUCACGACGAAAUGGCUUCUACGUGGAAAUGGUCAAUGUGCAUCUGAUUUCAGUUCAGGAAAACUAACUUAUACUCAUGAAUCCUUACCCAUAGAAUAA